GUGAGGAUAAUAUAGAUGGGAGGGGAAGCCGUACACGACACCUUAAGCUUCUUGGAGGAAAGGGGGGAUAUAGAUGCUACAGACAACAAGGAUGGGGAACCUGUGACCGGCCAAAUGUUAUUGGAAUCCAACUCCCGUCACCCCCUACUAUUGGUUACACUAGCUGGGACUGAUGGGAGUUGGAGUCUAUACAAAUCUGAAAAGCCACAGCUCCCCAUCCCUGCUUUACAACGUUCGGGGAGCUGGGUUUUCCUCACGAUGCUCUCCAUUCCGCGACUGAACGGAACGCAUUCAUCGCCAGUUAUAACAGUCCAACCCUCUCACAUUUACAACCCGGAGAACGGUCUUUCCAGUCAGCAGCAUAAAGUGUUUCGCAACCAGUAUGACAACGAUGUCACCGUUUGGAGCCCCCAGGGCCGAAUUCACCAAAUAGAAUACGCAAUGGAAGCUGUCAAGCAAGGCUCUGCAACUGUUGGGCUGAAAUCGAAAACUCAUGCUGUUCUAGUUGCUUUAAAGAGAGCACAGUCUGAGCUGGCAGCUCAUCAGAAAAAAAUCCUCUAUGUUGACAACCAUAUCGGUAUUUCAAUUGCUGGACUUACUGCUGAUGCAAGACUCCUAUGCAAUUUCAUGCGUCAGGAGUGUCUGGAUUCUAGAUUUGUAUUUGACAGGCCUCUUCCAGUAUCUCGACUAGUAUCUCUGAUUGGAAGCAAAACACAGAUACCAACACAACGGUAUGGCAGAAGGCCAUAUGGUGUCGGACUUCUGAUUGCAGGCUAUGAUGAUAUGGGUCCCCAUAUCUUUCAGACGUGUCCAUCUGCAAAUUAUUUUGAUUGCAAAGCAAUGUCAAUUGGUGCUAGGUCCCAGUCAGCUAGAACUUACUUGGAGCGACACAUGACGGAGUUUGCUGAUUGUAAUCUGAAUGAGUUAGUUAAACAUGGACUGCGUGCUUUGAGAGAAACGCUUCCUGCUGAACAGGAUCUGACUACUAAGAAUGUUUCCAUUGGGAUUGUUGGCAAAGAGAUGGAGUUCACUAUUUACGAUGAUGAUGAUGUAGCUCCUUUCCUAGAAGGCCUUGAAGAGAGACCACAGAGAAAGCCUGCUCAACCAGCUGAAGAUACAGCAGAAAAGGCUGAAGAACCAAUGGAGCACUAAGACGUGUGCAUGAACUAGUGUAUAGGUUAUUUCAGACACAAUAAUGCCAGAGCGUUAAUUUGUAUUCUGGUAACUUAACUCUGAGAUAAAUGCAUAUUGUAGUGAUACAUUCUAGUGAAUCAGUCUUCAAAAUAUUUUGCCAGAAAUCUUUUGCUGGCAACAAAGAAUUAAUAACUGACCACUGCUCUUGAGAUGUCAUUUUCUAGAAACUAUGAAAUAUUGUUUUAUAUGAAAAAAAAAUGUUGCUUUCAUGUCGUAAAGGCAUUGGUGAAAUAAACCUGUUUGUUUCUUGAAA